CAAAUAUCAUACGUGGUUAUAUACAUAUCGCAACGUGUAUACUCCGUCCAUGUAAGCGUUUACCAUAGCUAUGGUGCAUUGGUGCGAUCUUAAAUCUUAAUUCUCAAGUUCUCAAUAGAAAUCGUCAAUUGACAAGAAAGAAGAGCAUUGGGUAGGAACCCUAGCUAGCUCUAAUCACUUCAAACAAGACUUGACUUACUUCACUCAAAACCCCAAAUCUUUGCUUCCGAUAAAAUUAGAAAAACCAUCAUAAAAACCUACGAUUGAAGUUCAUAUCUUUGAUGGGAGGGUUUUUAGGCGAAUGACGACACUUGUGCAUUCGUGAUCAGCUUAUAAGAACAUAUUGCCAUUGAAAGCUUAGUUUCAAGCAAUGAAGACCCGAAUCAGAUCUGGCUUCCAGAUACUGAUUAUAAUCGCCGUUUGCAUAAUAGUUUGUGGCUACUCGGUUUCUGCAGAGACCCAACGACCCAAGAAUGUACAAGUUGCCCUUCGGGCCAAAUGGCCUGGUACCUCACUCCUUCUCGAAGCUGGGGAAUUACUAUCAAAAGAAUGGAAAGACCUUUUCUGGGAAUUCAUCGAAGCGUGGCUUAAUAACGAAAGUGGAAACACCGAUCCUUUCACAGCCAAAGAUUGUUUGCAAAAAAUAUCUAAUUAUGGGAAAUCGCUAGUGACUGGACCACUGGCAUCCGUGUUUGAUUUAUCUCUUACUCUUCGAUCUUCAUCACCAAGAUUAGUGCUUUAUCAGCAACUAGCAGAAGAAUCUCUUUCUUCGUUUCCAUUAUCUGAUGACAUUAAUCCUAGUCCCGGUGGCAAAUGUUGCUGGGUGGACACAGGUGGGGCACUGUUCUUUGAUGUCCCUGAGCUGCUAUUGUGGCUUCGUGAUCCUCACAAGAAUGGAGAUGGCUUUCAACAGCCUGAACUGUUUGACUUUGAUCAUGUCUACUUUGAUUCAUCUAAAGGGAGUCCUAUUGCCAUCUUAUAUGGAGCUCUUGGGACAAAUUGCUUUAAGGAUUUUCAUAGGACCCUUGUGGAGGCAGCUAAAGAGGGGAAAGUUAAGUAUGUUUUGAGGCCUGUGUUGCCUUCAGGAUGUGAAUCAAAAAGUGGUUAUUGUGGAGCAAUUGGCACAAAAGACCCAUUGAAUUUGGGUGGUUAUGGUGUAGAACUUGCUUUAAAGAACAUGGAAUAUAAGGCCAUGGAUGACAGUGAAAUAAAGAAAGGUGUCACUCUAGAAGAUCCUCACACUGAAGAUCUCAGUCAAGAAGUCAGAGGGUUCAUCUUUUCCAAGAUUUUGGAACGGAAACCAGAAUUGACAUCUGAAAUAAUGGCUUUCAGGGAUUCGCUCUUGUCAUCAGCAGUAUCUGAUACACUUAAUGUGUGGGAAUUAAAGGAUUUAGGACAUCAAACUGUUCAAAAGAUUGUUCGUGCUUCAGACCCUCUUCAAUCAAUGCAGGAAAUAAACCAAAAUUUUCCUAGUGUUGUCUCAUACUUGUCUCGUAUGAAGCUGAAUGAUUCAAUCAAAGAAGAAAUACUUGCAAAUCAGAGAAUGAUCCCACCUGGCAAGUCCUUAAUGGCUCUGAAUGGUGCCUUAAUCGAUAUUGAUGAUAUCGACCUUUUUAUGUUGCUUGACAUGGCCCAUCAAGAAUUAUCUUUAGCUGAUCAAUAUACAAAACUAAAGAUUCCUUCAAGCACAGUCCGGAAGCUUCUAGCAACUUUACCACCUCCUGAUUCCAAUACUAUUCGUGUUGACUUUCGGUCAGACCAUGUUCAUUACCUUAAUAACUUAGAGGUGGAUGCCAGAUACAAACAAUGGAGAAGUAGCCUAAAUGAGCUUUUAAUGCCUGUUUUCCCUGGACAAUUACGUUACAUUCGCAAGAAUCUUUACCAUGCAGUCUAUGUGUUGGAUCCUGCCUCCAUUUGUGGACUUGAGACAAUUGACACCAUUGUCACUUUAUUUGAGAACAGUCUUCCAGUGAGAUUUGGUGUGAUAUUAUAUUCGGGAAAAUUGAUUCAGAAGCUUGAGGAAAAUGGUGGAGAAUUGCCAUCUUCAGACAGCUCAAUUAAGGAAGAUCUAUCAAGCUUGACUAUACGCCUUUUUCUUUAUAUCAAAGAGAGUCAUGGGAUCGAGAAGGCUUUUCAAUUUCUCAGCAACAUACAUAAAUUACGGAUGGAGUCAGGGGAGGAAGAUGCACCCGUGCUUCACCAUGUGGAAGGGGCAUUUGUGGAAACAUUACUGCCAAAGGCAAAAACUCCACCUCAAGAUACUUUAUUAAAGCUGGAAAAUGAGCAAUCUUUCCAUGAAGAAUCUCAACAAAGUUCUUUACAUGUUUUCAAACUUGGUCUUGCAAAGUUGGAAUGUUCCCUCUUGUUGAAUGGUCUUGUCCUUGACUCAAAUGAGGAAGCUUUAAUGAAUGCAAUGACUGAUGAGCUUCCAAGACUCCAGGAACAAGUUUACUAUGGGCGUAUAAAUUCCCGCACUGAUAUUUUGGAUAAGUAUUUAUCUGAAAAUGGAAUUCAUCGCUAUAAUCUACAGAUUGUUGGAGGAAAGGCGAAGCCUAAAUUUGUCUCUUUGACUCCAUCAAUUCUUGGAGAUGAAUCUUUGCUAAAUAAUAUUGAAUAUUUACACUCUGUUGGAACUAUGGAUGACUUGAAGCCCAUAACUCAUCUUCUUGCUGUUGAUGUCACAUCAAGAAAAGGGAUUAAGUUACUCCAUGAAGGAAUACGUUAUCUGCUGGCAGAUUCGCCAAGGGGUCGUGUGGGAUUUUUAUUUAAUUCUGAUAUUGAUUCUGAUUCAAAUAGUCUCAUCUUUAUGAAGGUUCUAGAAGUCACGUCCUCAUCAUAUAGUCAUAAGAAGAAGGUAUUAAACUUUCUGGACCACUUGUGUUCAUACUAUGAGUCUUCUCAAGAAAGUCAAGAAUUUCUAGAUAAGAUUUCUGAAUUAGCUGAUGCGAAUGGAAUACAAUCUAAAGGAUUUAAGUCAGCUAUUUCUGAAUUUUCUGUUGACAGAUUUACACGUCAUUUAAAGAAGGUGGGUCGAUUUCUAAAUGGACAACUUGGGCUUGAAAAGGGCGAUAAUGCAGUUAUCACUAAUGGCAGGGUUGUUCGUCUCACUGAUGAUGCUACAUUUUUAAGCCAAGAUUUACAUCUUCUAGAAGCUUUGGAAUAUAAGCAAAGAACAAAGCACAUUGCUGACAUCAUCGAAGAGGUGACAUGGGAGAAUGUAGAUCCAGACACACUCAUGAGCAAAUUCAUGAGUGAUAUAAUUAUGUCUGUCACGUCUUCACUUUCUACACGAGACCGAAGCUCUGAAGGGGCCCGCUUUGAGAUGCUGAGUGCUGAACACAGUGCUGUUGUUAUUGGAAGUGAAAACUCAAGUAUUCAUAUAGAUGCUGUUCUUGAUCCUUUGAGCUCUUCAGGUCAAAAAAUGGCUUCACUUCUUCGGAUACUGUGGAAAUGUAGUCAACCAAGCAUGAGGCUUGUGUUCAACCCAAUGAGUUCCCUUGUUGAUCUUCCACUGAAGAAUUACUACAGAUUUGUUACUCCAACAAUGGAUGACUUCAGCAGCACCGAUUUAACUGUACAUGGCCCGAAAGCAUUCUUUGCAAACAUGCCACUAUCCAAAACCCUAACCAUGAAUCUUGAUGUUCCUGAAUCAUGGCUUAUCGAACCUGUCAUUGCCAUCCAUGAUCUUGACAACAUAUUACUCGAGAACCUUGGUGACACAAGAACCCUACAAGCAGUUUUUGAACUUGAAGCUCUCAUUCUUACUGGCCAUUGUUCAGAGAAAGAUCAUGAUCCACCACGAGGCCUUCAAAUGAUACUUGGAACAAAAAAGAAUCCCCAUUUAGUUGACACACUUGUGAUGGCUAAUUUAGGUUAUUGGCAAAUGAAAGUGUCACCUGGUGUUUGGUAUCUUCAGUUAGCUCCUGGAAGAAGUUCUGAUCUUUAUCUUCUGCAAGAUGGUCAAGAAAUGCGGUCAACAAAACGUAUCAUCAUUGAUCAGUUGAGGGGAAAACCAUUUCAUCUUGGAGUUGUGAAAAAAAAGGGAAAAGAACACGAACAAUUAUUAAUUCCUUCUGAUGAUGAUGAAUCUUCAAGAAAACAAGAUGAUAAAGAUAGUUGGAAUUCUAAUAUUUUGAAAUGGGCUUCUUCUCUUAUUGGUGGCAAUGUGCAGACAAAGAAGGGUGUGAAGACUGAAGUGGAUAAUGUAAGCAAUGGGCGAAAGGGUAAAACGAUAAAUAUAUUUUCGAUUGCUUCCGGACACUUGUAUGAGCGGUUUCUGAAAAUUAUGAUUCUAAGUGUUUUGAAAAACACACAACGUCCAGUAAAAUUUUGGUUUAUAAAGAACUACCUUUCACCACAGUUUAAGGAUGUGAUUCCACAUAUGGCAGAGGAAUAUGGUUUUGAGUAUGAACUGAUCACCUAUAAAUGGCCUAGUUGGUUGCAUAAACAACAAGAAAAACAACGAAUUAUCUGGGCUUAUAAAAUUCUAUUUCUUGAUGUCAUUUUUCCCCUUUCUCUCGAAAAGGUUAUAUUUGUUGAUGCAGAUCAGAUUGUUAGGGCUGACAUGGGAGAACUUUAUGACAUGAAUUUAAAAGGAAGACCUCUUGCAUAUACCCCAUUUUGUGAUAAUAAUCGGGAUAUGGAUGGUUAUCGGUUUUGGAGACAAGGUUUCUGGAAGGAACAUUUAAGGGGAAGACCGUAUCAUAUUAGUGCUUUGUACGUAGUUGACUUAAUCAAGUUCCGUGAGACUGCAGCUGGAGACAAUUUAAGGGUGUUUUAUGAAACACUUAGCAAAGAUCCAAACAGCCUCUCUAACCUUGAUCAGGAUUUACCGAAUUACGCCCAACACACAGUACCAAUCUUUUCACUUCCACAAGAAUGGUUAUGGUGCGAGUCUUGGUGUGGAAACUCCACAAAAGCACGCGCUAAAACCAUCGAUCUUUGCAACAAUCCAAUGACCAAGGAACCCAAGCUUCAGGGUGCUAGACGGAUUGUAGCAGAGUGGCCAGAUCUUGAUCUUGAAGCAAGACACUUCACCUCAAAAAUACUUGGUGAAGCUGUGAGCCCGGUAGAGAAGGUGGUUAGCCCACCGGCUCAACCACAUGUAGCCGAAGAAGCGGGCCCGGGUCAGGCGGUUAGCCCACCGGUUCAACCGCAACCAACCGAAGAUGAAGAUGAAGAAUCGAGAGCCGAGUUGUGAUGUUGAACUUGAUAUUAAUAGAGAUUUUUGUUCCUAAAAGGAGGCUCACACAACAUUUAGUCUUGAAUCAUGAAUCCUAAUUAAAUUUUGGUGUUAUUAGGUUACAGAAUUUGAUCAAUUUUGAUGAUUUUAGACAGAUAUGGUAUUGGAAUGAAUUCCCAAAGUGUAGAAUUUAAUGUAUGUCGAAUUUGUUAUAGAAUAAAGACAGAUUUAUUAUGGUUGUACUAUUUGCUUGUACUGUUGUAUAUUGAUGUUGCUUUUUUUAGUUAAUAGACUUAAAGAAACGAUGAUCUAGAACUUGUUUCUUUUUCUUUAUUAAAUGACCAUCUAGAUAGUUGAG